AUGAAAGAUAGUUCAAUUAAUAAAUUAGCUGAUCUGAAAGACAAAAAAUCAUGUUACACAUUUUAUAAGAGCGAUUUCACCGGGUGGUUGGCGCCAGUCCAAGUAUUAAAAAAAGCCGGUCUAAUAACCUCAGAGGAAGGACUCGGGGAGUUCUUUGGCGGAUCUUGUGCACCAGGUGCUUCUAAGACGUCACCUCUUUGUCAGCAGUGCGUCGGAGACAUGGAGUCCCAAGACGAUCAGAACAAAGAAGCGACUAAAUGUCAGCCUACCCAAGCGGAAGAUUUUAGUGACAGUAAAGGAGCUCUCUCAUGCUUGACAAGCGGCCAUGGAGACGUUGCCUUUGUUCCUUAUACAGUAUUAGAAAAAAUAAAAUAUUUAUUCUCAAAGUGA